UGGCAGUGUUUAUUCACUGUAGAUUAGAGCUUCCACGCUUCCCUUGGAUCUAUUAAGAAGAAAGCCCUGCCUUGGGGGAAGGAUCUUGGUUCCAGUGGAACAGGACUGUCGCCUGUGUGUGUUUGUUUGUUCUGUGGAUACUGUCGCUCUUGAGGACAACGAUUAAAGAAAGAGUUUACAGAGUUAAUGCUUAACAGGAAACCAGCCAAAGUGAAGUUUAUGUGCAAGGAGUGCCGGGCUUAUUGCGAGCUUUGUCGAGCGAUCCGUAGGGAGUAACGGCUUGGUGGUCACUUUGUUUCGGAAGCAAGGGACCAUUCCUGUCACCCCUGCAGAAGGAACCUGAAGGUCAGCUUCACUGUGGAGAGGAUUGGAGCUUGAACAGGAGGUUUAAAAGUUUGAAAAGGACCUCUGUUGCACUCGUGGUGUGUAAUUGAUAAGGAGUGAUGGGACAGCACUGGGCUGGAACUGUUUCACGUGGUUCCUAAGCUUAUGAGAGAUUAAAUAAGUGAGUGCGAGUGAGUGACUAAGUGAGUGAGUGAGUGGGCAUCUCUGCUGUCUUGGUACUUAUCAGGAUUUAGGAGGCCAGCAGUGGACACGGUACAACUUGGAGAAGAACUUCAUUGGUGAAGCUUCAGCUGGGAUUUUAUCCAAAGUUCCAUGCCAUAGCUUGGAUUUUAGCUCUGGGAUUUACUGUGAAAAUUAGGUUUCUUGGGAAUCCCUGGCCUCCACUGCUGUCGAUCAUUCGUGACCUUGGGUGGACUACAUUUCUGUUCCCUGUUCUUGUUGGAACUGGUGGAUUGUCAGGUUGUCACCUUCACUGGUGACCGCAGGAAAGGUCUUGGGUGGUAGUCCUGAUCCUGAAUGGUUCAGUUGAAGCUCAAGUUGGACCAGUAGUUUCCAAGGGAUUCUCUGAAAGCAAGCUUUCUUUUUGAGUCGUGAUGAACGGGGGUUUGUUCAGCCUGCGCUCUGAGGCCGCAGGAGUCGUCCGGACAGUGCUGGUUUCCGCGGAGAAUCUCCAGCUCACCUUGAGGUCAGACAUCAGCCAGGAGGAACAAGCCUUCAGCAACCACCAGCACUAUGGAGACUCUGAGGAGACCAAAAGCAAAGGGAACGAGGAUCUGAAGGAGAUGUUGGAGAGCACCAAGGAGUCCCUCAAGCUGGAGGCCAUGAAGAGGGUGGUGGGGCUGAUUGCGAGAGGGAAAAACGCCUCAGAACUGUUCCCUGCUGUGGUGAAGAACGUUGCAAGCAAAAACAUUGAGCUGAAGAAACUGGUGUAUGUGUACCUGGUCAGGUAUGCGGAAGAACAGCAGGAUCUUGCCCUGCUGUCAAUUAGCACCUUUCAGCGUGCCCUGAAGGACCCAAAUCAGCUGAUUAGGGCGAGUGCUCUUAGGGUGCUGUCCAGCAUCCGAGUGCCCAUCAUCGUCCCCAUCAUGAUGCUGGCCAUCAAAGAAGCCGCCUCUGACCUUUCACCUUACGUCAGGAAAACAUCUGCACACGCCAUACAGAAACUCUACAGUCUGGAUGCAGAUCAGAAGGAGCACCUCAUAGAAGUGAUUGAGAAACUGCUGAAGGACAAAAGCACAUUGGUGGCUGGCAGCGUGGUGAUGGCGUUUGAGGAGGUGUGUCCGGAGCGGAUCGAUCUGAUCCAUAAGAACUACCGUAAGCUGUGCAACCUGCUGAUGGAUGUGGAGGAAUGGGGACAGGUGGUCAUCAUUAACAUGCUCACCCGCUACGCCAGGACGCAGUUCGUCAGCCCGUGGAAAGAGGACGGUGAGUUUGAUGAGAACAGUGAAAAAGCGUUCUAUGACUCUGAUGAGGAGAAGAAAGAGGGUGCAGGCCAGAAGAAGCCCUACGUGAUGGAUCCGGAUCACAGGCUACUGCUCCGCAGCACCAAACCCCUGCUGCAGAGUAGAAACACUGCUGUGGUGAUGUGUGUGGCACAGCUGUACUGGCACCUGGCCCCUAGGCAUGAAGUGAGCGUAGUCACUAAAUCUUUGGUUCGCCUCCUGAGGAGCCACAGAGAGGUUCAGUUUGUUGUGCUGCAGAACAUCGCCACUAUGUCGAUCCAGAGAAAGGGCAUGUUUGAGCCGUUUAUGAAGAGCUUCUAUGUGAGGUCGACAGAUGCUACACACCUCAAAACACUUAAGCUAGAGAUACUGACUAACCUGGCAAACGAGGCCAACAUCUCCACCAUUCUCAGAGAGUUCCAGACCUACGUGAAGAGCCAGGAUAAAGCGUUUGCUGCUGCCACUAUCCAGGCCAUCGGCAGAUGUGCCACCAAUAUCUCAGAGAUCACAGACACAUGCCUCAAUGGUCUGGUGCUGCUGCUCUCCAACAGAGACGAGACGGUGGUGGCGGAGAGUGUGGUGGUCAUUAAGAAGCUGCUGCAGACUCAACCUUCCCAACACAGUGACAUCAUCAAACACAUGGCCAAGCUGUUCGACAACAUUACAGUUCCCAUGGCGAGAGCCAGUAUUCUGUGGUUGAUUGGCGAGUACUGCGAGCACGUGCCAAAGAUCGCUCCUGAUGUUCUGAGGAAAAUGGCCAAAAGCUUCACUAGUGAGGAGGACAUAGUCAAGCUCCAGACUGUGAACCUGGCAGCCAAACUAUAUCUCACCAACUCCAAACAGACUAAGCUGUUGACGCAGUAUAUUCUAAACCUGGGAAAAUAUGAUCAGAGCUACGACAUCAGAGACCGGACGCGUUUUAUCCGGCAGCUGAUCGUCCCAAAUGAAAAGAGUGGAGCUCUUAGCAAAUACGCCCGCCGCAUCCUGCUAGCGCCCAAACCUGCCCCCGUGCUGCAGUCUGCUUUCAAAGAUCGGGAUCGCUUUCAGCUGGGCACACUGUCUCACACUCUGAACUCUAAGGCCACCGGUUACCUGGAGCUCUCAGAUUGGCCGGACGUGGCUCCUGAUCAGUCUGUGAGAAACGUGGAGGUGGUAGAAGUGGCGAAAGAAUGGGCUCCUGCCGUCAGCAAAACCAAAGCUGCCAAAUCAGAUGAUGAUAAAUUCUACUCCGACUCCGGAGAGGAAGAGGAGGCCGAAGGCUCGGACAGCGGCAGCGACAGCAGCAGCAGUGAGGAUAGCAGCAGCAGCAGCAGCAGCAGUGAUGAGUCAGGCAGUGAGGAGGACAGCGAGGAGAAGAGCGACAGUAACGAGGACUCAGACAAGAGUUCCAGCCAAUCAGAGAAGAGCAGUGACUCGGGCUCUGAUAAGAAGAAGAAGAAAACUCUGAAAAACAAGAAACUCCAGCAGGGCCAGAAAGCCAGCAAAGACAGUGACUCAGAUGUGGGCCAAAAGAAUGGGCACAAAAGAGGAUCUGGGUCAGGAAGUGCUUCAGCUUCCUCAGAGGAGAGCUCAUCUGAAGAGUCCAGCUCUGAUUCUGGUUCAGAUUCAGACUCGGGCACAGAACAGAAGAGAAAAACCAAGCCCAGAGCGGUCAAAAAGGUGGAGGUUAAGAAGUCGCAUGAGGUGUCUCUGUUGGAUCUGGAUGACUUUUCUCCAGCUACAGUGACCACGCCCAAAAGCUCCAUUCUAUCUCCUAGUCUUCUGUCUGACCUGCAGGGCCUCUCGCUCUCCUCCUCUUCCACCCCUGCCAUACAGGUCAGCAGUCCCGUAUUCGUUCCUGUACGCACCCAUGCGCUGCUUCACCACAUGACUGGGAAAGGCCUGGCAGCACAGUACCAUUUCCCCCGGCAACCAUGCAUCUACGGCAACAGCAUGGUGUCCGUUCAGCUGACGUUCAACAACCAUGGUGACCACGCCCUUGAGGACCUCCACAUCUCAGAGAAGACUUCAACAGGACAGAACAUCCACUGCUUCAGGCCCAUCGAGCGUUUGGAGCCUGAGGCAUCGGCGACAGUGUCUAUGGGCGUGGACUUUAAUGACUCCACCCAGGGAGCCAGUUUCCAGCUGUGUACUAAAGCCGAGAAGUUCAGCGUGUCUCUUCAGCCCACUGUGGGAGAGCUCCUGCUACCCGUCACUAUGACCGAACAAGAUUUCAACAAAGAGCAAGGAAAGCUGCAGGGCAUGAAUGAAUCCUCCACAUCCAUCACCAUGCCCCCCGAGACCGUCUCCAGCCAGCCAAUCAGCAAGAAGGUGGUGUCUGUGGCCAAUGUGGGUGUGGUUCCAUCAGGACAGGACAGUGUACACAGGUUCGCAGGCAAGUUGGUGAGUUCUGGUGCGCUGGUGUUGGUGUGUGUGGUACAGAAAGAAUCCAGCGCUCAAAUCACCGUCAACACAGAGCGAACCAUCGUGGGCUCCAAUCUGCUCCGCGAGCUCCAGACAGCCCUCAGCGCCUCCUAGACAAAGAUCUCCCUAUGCAACCCGGUGUUCUUUUAAUGACAGACCCUCACAGUGCCACCCCCCAACAUCACACUGUGGAUCAAUCAGUGUGAGAACUCACCUUUACGCCAAUCGACAAAUUUCUUUCAUUUAGCAUAGAGCUCAGUACUCCUACACUGCCACUAGAGGAGGAGGAGGCAGAGGCCAAUGCUGCAGUUUUGUUACUAAUGUUGAUAGAGAGGUCAAGGCCUUAAAAGCCACGGUGCUUUAUCAAUCAGUGUUUAUUCCUUUCCAGAUCUGAUUUCACUUGUAUUGUUUCUCGUAAAUUUCUUUAAGGCCUGUUUGUGUAAAGUGCCUUUUGAGAAGUACGGUUAAAACACAAGUGCCCAAAUGUCUUCUGAGAUGUGUGUUCUUCUGAAUACAAUAAACAAAACCUGUCGGAAAAGGUUUAAAAAGCAA